AUGACGGUCUUUCUCGUUUCACUGUUUCUCCCCUAUACCAUUGACUUCCGUGCCACAGAAUACAGGCAUCGACGGAAAUCAUCCACCAGCUACUCGCAUUCAGAUGACCGGAUUGUAGGCCGUCUCGCUGAGACCCGACGGAAACGCCACUCGAGAGGUUACAGUUUAUCUCUCACCCCUGGCGCUACGACGGAAGAUGAGAAGAUCUUUAAGCCCUACAUCUCGCGUGCUGCAGGCGAGAUCCCUUCCGCGGAUGACCCCUACGGCCCUGGCCCCAGUGAACCUCGUGUCAUUUCUUGGGGUCAGAGCCGUAAAUUUAAUCAACCUCGUUCCAAGGCUACGGGUCCUCCUGCGCCAUCGAUUCUAAGCCGUCCAAACCUAGCAGACGAAGAUGACCAGCCAUUAUACCUUGAUGGGGUACUGCUGACCCCAGAUUCAGAAGAGGAUCCUGGAAGUCCGCGCGCGUUACUCUGUGAUCAUGAUUGGGUUGUGAAAGCAGCAGAACAGGGUAAUGGUGGUUUACGCAACGCUGUCAAUGCUGCUGAAAGAGCAGGAAUCCUGUCAGACAAAAUGUGGGUAGGCACACUGGGUAUGCCGACCGAUUCACUCAAAGAUGAAACACGCGCUAGCAUCGCAGAGACACUCGAGGAUGACUAUAAUUCCCUCACGGUCUUCGUCGGCGAUGAUGAGUUUGAAGGGCACUAUUCGCAUUUUUGCCGUGCUGUCCUUUGGCCAGCUUUUCAUUAUCAAAUGCAAGAAAGCCCCCGACACACCCAAUACGACGACUACUCCUGGAAGCAGUAUGUGAAAGUGAAUGAAGCGUUUGCAAACACCAUCGCAGCGUGUUGGCGCCCCGGUGAUAGUAUUUGGAUCCACGACUAUCAUCUUCUGCUCCUGCCAUCAAUGCUCCGAGAAAAGCUGCCAAAGGCAGAAAUUGGCUUCUUCAUGCAUGCCGCCUUCCCCUCUUCUGAAAUUUUUAGGUGUCUCAAUGCACGAGGCGCUUUACUCAGCGGUCUUCUGGGCGCUGAUCUUGUGUCUUUCCAAACAGAGGAGUACUGCUACCAUUUUCUUCAAUCGUGUAGCAGGUUGCUCAGUUUAGAAGUGUCCGUCGACGGGGUUCAACUUCCACAACGCUUUGUCCACGUGAAACGUUCGUCUAUUGGGAUUGACAUCCAAGCGCUCGAUGAGCUGCGUCAGACAGCCGAGGUAAAGGAUUGGAUUACCAACAUAAUCUCCAGAUAUAGUGGGAAACGUUUGAUCGUCGCUCGAGAUAGGCUUGAUGCUCCUGGUGGUAUCAAACAAAAGCUUUUAGCUUAUGAGCUGUUCCUGAAGAGAUAUCCGAAAUGGAGAGACAAUGUUGUCCUUGUUCAAGUCGCUUCGGCGUCGGAGUUGCCUGAAUUAGAGGCGCAAGUCUCGAAGAUUGCUAUGAGAAUAAAUUCAGCGUAUUCGACACUGACGCACCAACCUCUUGUACUCUUGAGACAAGACAUCAGUUAUUCGCAGUUUUUGGCUUUAAUGAGCGUGGCUGAUAUCUUCAUGGUAACCAGUCUGAGGGAGGGCAUGAACCUUACAAGUCACGAUUACAUCCACUGUCAAGAUGGAAAAAUUACUUCGCAGCACCACGGAUCUCUCAUUCUUAGUGAAUUCACAGGAAGCGCUUCCAUAUUCAGUGGCCAUGGUCUGCUUGUCAAUCCAUGGGACUACAGAGAGGUUGCAGAUACGAUUUACAAGGCACUGGAGAUGUCGCCAGAUCAGAAACAGCAUAACUGGGAGUAUCUGCUUGAGAAAAAGGCACCAUACACGGCCAUCGCCUGGUACAAUUCGUUUCAGACAGCUCUUCACAAAGCACACAGCACGCAGUUAUCCCGCGAGCUGAGUCAAGUCUCGUCCCUACCGGUACGCACCUUGCAAGAAGCAUAUGAAAAAUCCCACUUACGGCUAUUCUUUCUCGAGGAUGAUGGAGUUUUUCAAUGCGAUGACUCAAAGCUAUCCAUUACUUUGGUCUCUCUCCUGGACCGUCUGCUUCUUGAUCCUAAGAACAUGGUUUACGUGACCAGUAACAAAAGCCCAGAACAGCUUGAAUCGAGCCUUGAAGGAGUCUCCACUCGGGUGGGACUCGUCGCCGAAAACGGCUGCUUCGUACGCGGUAUUGGAGAAACUCAAUGGAAGGCGUUGGUAGACAUGGCAAGAGCCAAAGACUGGAGGAACGGGAUCCGCAAAGUGAUUCAGUACUACCAGGAGAGGACCGAAGGGAGCCAGUUGGAAGAGCGACGCUGCAUACUAAGCUUUUUGUAUAACAAUGCUCAAGACCCCGAAAUCGCUGCCCGACAGGCCUCCGAUCUUGCUGAUCAAAUCAAUGGUACGCGUGGUAGCGAAGCCAUCCGCAUUGUACUUACAGAUGGUGCAGUGAGCGUUGAACCUUUGGAUAUAACAAAAGCAAAAGCUGCCGAGUUCAUCAUGGACCAGUUAGGCCCACUUCCAGACUUCCUAUUCGUGGCGGGCGGCUCCCGCGGCGAUGAAGCUUUGUUCCGAUGGGCAAACCGCUUACAGUCCAGUGGCAUGAUCCCAAGUGUUACCACACUCACCGUCGGCGAGCAUGCCACCGAGGCCAAAGCCGUACUCCCCAGCGACAUGAGUGUGGCAAAUGUUGUAAACACUCUGUGUUCCCCAAUAACAAACGGUGGCUAUGACUAUCCUGACGAGAAGGGGUGCAAUGGGAUGAACGGGAACACGGUAGGUGAAUCCCACAGGACGUAA